AUUUUUGACAAGACAUUACUGCCUUCGCAACAUGACCAAACAGAUGUGACCGCCAAGAAAUCAAAUUUAACAGUUGACAGAGAAAACAAAAAUAACAAAUGGCCAACUACCAUUUGUCAGAGGAAUUGGCAAAUUCCGUUGUUAAUGGUACAGUACACGGACAUGAAUAUGUCAAGCAUGCACCUGCAUACGCUAUUCUAUUCAUUUUCGCUGCUUGUAUAUUAGGAGCUAUUGUUCGCCAAUUGAUGAAAGAUUGGUCUCUACCAUAUACUGUUGUACUAAUCAUAUUUGGUGUAUCAUUUGGAGCAAUCUCAAGGCAUUAUCCGGAAGUUCAAAAUUACACAAAGCUGGCAGUAGACAAUCCACAUUUGCUGUUGGCGACGUUUUUACCUGUGCUUUUGUUUGAAUCUGCUUUUGCAAUGGAUGUUCACAUAUUCUACAAAAUGUUCACUCAGGUGUGUAUACUCGCAGUUCCAGGUAUGACAAUGGCUGCUGCUUUGAGUGCCGUGAUGGCAAAAUACGUGUUUUAUUACGGUUGGUCCUGGAUGGAGUGUUUUUUGUUUGGUUCUAUAAUCAGUGCUACUGAUCCAGUUGCUGUGGUGGCAUUGCUUGGAAGUUUAGGAACGUCAAAGCAACUUGGAACGAUCAUCGAAGGAGAAUCUCUGUUAAAUGACGGUGCAGCUAUUGUGUUGUUUCAUAUUUUCUUUAAUCUUUCAUUCAAAGAAAUGACAGUAACUCAAAUUGGACUUUACUUUCCUCGUGUUGCGUUUGGUGGAAUGGCUCUUGGUCUUGUUGCUGGCAAAAUUAUUGUCUUUUGGUUACAGCGCGUUUUUAACGACGCUAUGGUAGAAAUUUCCGUCACCCUAUCUUCUACAUAUUUGAUAUUUUACAUCGGAGAGGAAGUAUUAGGUGUGUCAGGUGUGCUGGCCGUGGUAAUGUUGGGAAUUGAAAUCAAUCAACACAGAACGAGUAUAAGUCCUGAAGUGGAAGUGUUUUUACACAGAUUUUGGGAGAUACUUGCUUACUUGGCAAACACUCUUAUCUUUCUCUUGGUUGGAGUUGCUAUCAUGGAAAGAGCGUUUGAUGUUAUCGAGUCAUUAGAUUGGUUGUACAUAAUUGUUGACUAUUUCGGCAUUAUUGUUAUCAGAGCAAUUGUUAUCAUCUUGUUCAGUCCGUUUCUCACACGUCUUGGUUAUGGCUUACCAUGGAAAGAUGCUGUUGUUAUGAUAUGGGGCGGUUUGCGUGGCGCAGUAGGGUUGGCGUUAGCGCUACAAGUCGCUUUGGAUCAUGAGACGGUUGGAAACAAGAUUUUGAUUCACACAGCUGGCAUUGUGCUUCUUACUCUCCUGAUUAACGCGACCACGAUACGCCAUUUAUUAAAACUGUUGGGGAUGUCAGAAAUAUCGGAAUCUAAGAAAGCUUCGAUGAAUAAUGCUGUUAAAAGAUUGGAUCAAGGACAACAACAAUCAUUCGCUAUGCUUAAAACUGAUCGAUUUCUUGCUGAUGCUGAUUGGUCGUAUGCUGAGAAGGCUUGUUGUAUGAUUAAUCCAUAUGCCGAAAGUGAUCUCGAGGACACAGAGUCGUAUCCGCCAUAUUUGCUACGUUACAGCACGUGUCCAGAAUGCGAAACCAAAGUGGUAAAUGUGCCGUCACCAAAAGAAUUUUCGGAAAUGGCGGAGGCUGGUAGAAUAGGUAUGCUGAAAGCACAAAAAAUGAGUUUCUGGAGACAGUUUGAACGUGGUGUAUUGUCAAGUGACGCUGUCAAUGUGCUUGUUAAUCUUGCUGACACAUGCUUGGACGUAAAAGACAGAUUGAUCAAGUUAACGGAUUUAUCAUUUCAUUGGAAAGUUCCAAGAUACUGGGAAAGAACACGUGUCCGUCUAGAAAAAUUCAAACAGGUUAGAGCGUCAGAAACAGUCCCACCUCCAAGAAAUUUAUUUCUUCGUUACAACUACUUAAUAGCGACGCAUGUCGCAUUUGAUGCAGUGAUGAAUGCAUUAAUUGCUUUAAAUAUGGUACCCAUUGCGUUUGAAUUGUCUGUUAGCGAAACAGUAUGGUAUAUGAAGUACUUGAAGAUCAUCAAUUAUGUUUAUUGUGGUGUCUAUAUAAUGGAAGCAAUGAUAAAGAUACUGGCCUUCCGAGUGUACUACUUCAAAGAUAAAUGGAAUUUGAUCGAUCUAACUAUCGUUGCACUCUCCGUCAUUGAUGUUAUUGUUGAUUUGGUAACCGAAGGUGCAACUGGAAGCUUCUCCCCAGGUGUUUUAAAACUUGCUAAGAUCUUUAAGAUUUUGAGAAUGGGUCGAUUACUGAAAUUAAUGAAGGGUUUGAUUCCAAAACUAAUUGACAUGGUAAAUAAUAGAAUCAAUCGCCAAUUGAGUUUUGGCUACGAUAUUGGAAAAGGAUUCGUAGUUGCUGAAGAAGAAAUAGCCAAAAUUAUUGACCAACUGGUUUUGGAUCCAAAAAUUGCUGGUGAUUUAAAAACCCGUUCAGAUUAUACGAGGCUUCAAGUUGUUAAAAGUUUAGGUUUGCUUCAAAGAGAACAUCCUGGCAUUGCAAUUUCAGUUAAAACAAGGCAAGCGAUUCGAUCAGUCUUAAACAAUGCAAGAGACGCAUUAAAUGACUUGCGAUCAAAUGGUGUUCUUGAUAAGCACGAAGCAAUAAAGUUGGAGCGCGAUAUCGAAGUAAAAAUGAAACAACAACUUCGUGCUCCUGCUUAUAUUCCACCGAAGAAACCAGAAGAUAUUCUUCGUAGCUUGGUUUGGUUACAAGGACUAGAGGAGGAGGCUAUCUCCUAUAUAACAAGUAAUGCUGAACUAUCAUCUUAUGAUUAUGGAGAUACUAUUGUUAAACAGGGAGAAUGUUGUGAUGGAAUUUACUUGAUUAUUUCUGGAAUGGUAAAGCUCGUCGGUGUCUCUAUGGGAACAGUUGAUUUUCAACAGAUCUCUUCAUUAACAUCAUCCUUGCAAAUAUCUGCGGAUUAUUUGUACGCUGGAAAUGUGAUUGGAGAAAUGGGAUUACUUACGGAUUCUGUUCGUAAUGCGUCAGUGAUUUGCGAAACAACUGUGCAGGCGUACUUUGUAGGUGCAGAUAAAAUUCAUCGUGCAAUGAAACGUUUUAAAGGUUUAACUGAAGGCUUAUGGAGAGUUUGUGGAAUUCGGAUUGCGGUACCACUUCUUAUGGAACAUGAUGUGUAUAAGAUUUGGUCUAAGGAAUACCUCCGCAUGGUAUGUGAAAACAGCCACCUGGCUCAUUUUGACGAUAUUUCUAUUUAUCAUGUUCCUGAAAACGUCAAGGAGGCAGUGCUGAUACAAGGAAAUAUCAUAUGUUUUCACACGAAGGAAGUUUUUAGAGCGCCUGCUUUAUUGCCUAAGAACAAGAGAAUAUACUGUUUUGGUGAAGCUAAGCCCCAGGUACUUCUCAUUCUUAAUCAAGCAGGAAAUGCAACAUCAAAAGUCAAAGCAAUUAUCGACUUAAAAGGCGAGCCCGAAACUUCUACUGAACAUGAACCUGAAACACCCCGACCUAAUUCAAAGAUGGAGAAUGGAAGUCAUCGCUCAGCUGGUUGCCAGGUGAAACAAAAGGUUAUUGAAGAUAAAGGUCCACAAAACGAAUGAAAUUUAUAAAUAUUUUUUUGCAUUUAUCAAAAACUAAAAUGAUUAAAAAUAUAUUUUGUUAAUUUUC